GCCGACAGAUCCCCCUUUUGCCGGCUGCUCCACAGCCAUGUCCUCUGCAGCAGCCGCCGACGCCGUCCAGUUCCUGGCCCGGAGCCUUUGGCGCCCUCGCCGCCCGCUCUGCGGGGUUAGAAGUACAGUGUGUGCCGUUCAUUUUCCUAUAGGACAAUUACACACAACUAGACCUGGCAUGCAAGCCAGCCAAGAAGACUUCGAAAAGGCCCAGGAACAGCUGAAAAAACUGAAGACCGAUCCUGGAAAUGAAGUAAAGCUGAAGCUUUAUGCAUUGUUUAAACAGGCAACAAAAGGUUCCUGCAAUACCCCAAAACCAGGCAUGUUAGAUUUUGUCAACAAGGCCAAAUGGGAUGCGUGGAAUUCACUUGGAACUUUGCCACAGGAAAGUGCCAGAGAGCAGUAUGUUGAUCUCGUGUCAAACUUGACGUCUUCAGAAACUUCGAGUCCUGUUAAAGAGAGCCCUUCUGACAGCGAGUCUGGCUAUGAAACACUGGAGGUUUCUACCAAGAACAACAUCACAAAGAUAGUAUUAAACCGGCCCAAAAUGAAAAAUGCAAUCAACGUGAAGAUGUAUGAAGAAAUUAUGGAAGCACUCGAGAAAGCCGCAAAGGAUGACUCUGUUAUAACAGUCCUGACAGGAAAUGGAGAUUACUACUGUAGUGGAAAUGACCUGAACAAUUUUGCCAAUAUCUCGGGGGGUGAAAUAAAGGAGAUGGCAGAUAAGGCUGGAGAGCUGCUCAAAAACUUUGUCAACCAUUUUAUUGAUUUUCCUAAGCCGUUAAUUGCUGUAGUGAAUGGGCCAGCUGUUGGAAUCUCUGUAACUGUCCUUGGUCUUUUUGACGUAGUGUAUGCUACUGACAGGGCUACAUUUCACACCCCCUUCAGCAAUCUGGGGCAGAGUCCAGAAGGAUGUUCCUCAUAUAUGUUUCCAAAAAUUAUGGGCUUAGCAAAGGCAACGGAGAUGCUGCUUUUCAACAAGAAAUUGACUGCGGCAGAAGCCUGUUCACUGGGGCUUGUUACCGAAGUCUUCCCUGACAACACCUUCCAAAAAGAAGUGUGGGCAAGGCUAAAAGCUUACGCAAGUCUCCCAAGAAAUUCCCUGGCAAUUUCCAAGCGGUUGCUGCGAAGCAUGGAAAAGGAGAAGCUGCAUGAAGUUAAUUCUCAAGAGUGCAAGAUUCUCAAAGAAAGAUGGGUCUCCGAUGAGUGCAUGAGUGCUGUGAUGAGUUUUUUGCAGAAGAAAUCAAAGCUCUGAUCUCUUGCCCAACUGUGCAAAAUAGAUUUCUGCAAAACUAAUCUGUACCCCUUUUCCUACAAGAACAAAUGUCACUAAUACUCCAAGAUGGUGCCUUAAUUUUGACAGGGCUGUUCUGUUUAUUAUAUUAAUUGACAGAGUUGUUUAAGACAUUUAUGGUAGCCCUCUCUUUACCUUUUUGUAUUUAGACAUGAAUUUAUGAUACCAAUCACAUCGCAUAUUCUGACUUGAACCAACAGGUGGGAAAGCCCUUAUUGCUUUACAUGCUGAGCUAAUCUCUUUGAAUACAACAACAGCAGCUUGUUUUCCAAAAGGGGUCACUGAUACAAUUUCACCAAAUUUUGCAAGCUCUUGUACAUCUGAUUGCUGGUCAUGCUGGACUGAAAAGCUGUUUGGGGUCAACCUAUUGUAAAAGGAGACAAAAGAAGACUGACAUUAUUUGUAUUAGCAGAAAGUCUGAAUUAAAGUGUUCAUUUACAAAGA